CGAUAAAGCAUUCCAUCUACAUCAUCUCCCUGUACGAGCUCGGCUGACUAAAACUCCUGUCAUGUCGCUCUCUCUCCCUGCCCAAUGGAGUCACAAAAAGUUGAUCAUUUUUUCUUCUCACUUCUCACAUUUUCUUCAACCCCCAAUUCAGAACUAGAAAACUCCAGACAAAAUUGAACUAAAAACAGAGCCCUGUGCGUGAGUGAGUGAGAGUGACUGAGGGAGUGAGAGAUGUGCAACAAGAACAGUCCUCCUGAUAUGAAAACCAGGUCGAAGAUCAAGAAAGAGAGAGAAGCAGUCAAACCAGCUCGCAAAACAAGAACCAAGACCAGGAAGCCCAAGUUUCUGAGUCUCCGCCUAAAGCUCUCCUCGGAGAACUCACAAAACUCGACCCAAAUGACCCACAACUGCAAAACCAAUCACCAUGAGCACCACCAGCUCAACCUGUUCCCUCUGCACCCAGAAAACCUAGUCGAAGAUCACAAAGUCGACAUACAUGACGAGAACGUGGCGUUCCUCUUCAACUCCGAGGGCGGCGGCGGCGCCACCACUCUCAACGGCCUCCUCUCCGGAGUUUCUUCCUCCGAGGAGGACUCCCUCUCUCCGCCGCCGUACGCCUACGGGGGACAGGACAGCGACGAGGGUCGUCUUGCUGAUGGUGGUGGUAAUAAUUGUGAUCAGAGUGCGAGCUCAAAGCUGGUACGGACGGCCAUGAGGAAGAGAGACAGGGACCUGAGCGGCGAGAAGUGGGUGUGUUACUCGGAGGUACUGGUAGAGAAGAAGGAGCCGGAGGAGGUAACUAGCUGCGCCACCGACGUCGUUUGGUGUGCAAAGCGGCGGACGUCACCGCAAGGGUCGUUGUCGUUAAAGCUCGAUUAUCAGGGCAUCUUGAAGGCUUGGUCUGGUAAGGGCCCUCUUUACAUUGAAGGAGAGUCUCCUCCACAGACUGUGCCUGACUUGCAUGAUGAUUUUCUUCCCCAUGACGCCACUGCCAAUGUUUUAGCGGAUAGCUGGGGCAGCGCUGCUAAUCUAUGGAGGGUGCCAGAAAUGGGUAAUGGUUAUAUUGGUAGCAUCAAAGUGGAAGAGGAAGUGGAAGGCAAAGAUGGUUGGAAGAUGAGGCACAGAGAAGCAAGUGUGUUGAGAUACAAGGAGAAGAGGCAAAAUAGACUCUUCUCUAAGCGAAUUAGAUACGAAGUUCGAAAGCUUAAUGCCGAGAAACGACCCCGUAUGAAGGGUCGAUUCGUGAAGAGAUGUUGAGAAGUGUAGGCUCUUAGUACUACAAAGAGGGCAUGAUCUUUGGUGUGUUUAAAUUAGUUUUUUUCUUUUAUAUAUAUAUAAUAUUUGGUCUUGUUCCAUUUAGCUUGUAACAUAGUAGAGGCACCAAUAUAAUGCUAAGCAAUGUCAUAACAAAGGAGGGUACACAGAAAAAAAAAAAAAAAAAAAAAAAUGAAAGUUGUAAGUUGGAGGGAAUGCUUUCUUUGGAAUAAUGGAUCAGGUCUGAUCCUUUUUGGUUAAA